GUUUGGUGUGCAUAAACGUCAGGCUCUUCUUCAUAACCAAUAUCUGUGUACCACGUUGUCUGUUGUUUUAUCAUUGUUUCAUUCGUUGAGAUGAUUAAAAUCAUCAGUCGUCGAUUGUUCCUGCAAUCCUGUAGAUUCUGCACGUCAAAUUGUUUUUAUUCACUUGUUAAGUCUUCAAUUCCAAAGACAACAACAGUUUUUAGUCGUGAUUAUGUGAGAUUUGAUGGCGUUAACAGUCUCAAGAAAGGACAGUUUCCAAGAUCAUUCAGCACGAUGAGUGACAAUAUCUCCCUGUACACACUGCCCAAUACCCAGCCGAUAGUGACACUAGAGUGUGACAGCGCCUUCAAUGCACUGACGAACAACGAGAAGCUGUAUUCUCAUUAUCUGAGCAGAGCUGCCUGGACGGGGGGUCUGAUCGUCUUCGUGCAGACGUCCCCCGAGUCGCCCCUGAUUUUCGCUCUUCUGCAUAAGAUUUUCCUUGGGGAGACUAUUGAGGAGCUGAAAAAGACUGCUAUCGAGGCUGGAGUUAGUGAGGAUGAUUUCACUGCCUUCCUGGUGUACACCUGCGGCGUCCUCUCGAACGCGGGAAAUUACAAGUCCUUCGGUGACUCGAAGAUAGUCCCAAACCUCCCAAAAGAGAAGUUCCUCGAGAUAAUCAAGUCCUCCAAAGCCUACAGGGACAAUCCCCCAGUGCUCGAGAAGAUCUGGAACAAGUGCAGCGAGGGCAUCUACUCCCUUUCCGAAAAGGUGAAAUCCCUGGGUCUCGGUGACAAGGGGAUGACCACCUACUUCUCCGCGAACUGCGACGAUGCAGACGCAGCUCUGGUCAACGAGUUCAUGCAGGCCCACUCCCUCGAGAGCUACAACACGCGUUGCUUCAAGACGACCGAGGACUCCCUCACCGUCUACAACAUAAAGCUCGCUUCCCACCUGGAGGACGACGACCCAGCCCUCACGAUCCCCGAGAGCCUCUUCAAGGACGCCAAGUUCAAGGUGUCGAGGGGGGACUACAGCAAGCUCCUCCAGAAGACGAACGAGUGCCUCAAGAAGGCCAGGGAGCACGCAGCCAACGACACCGAGAAGCAGAUGAUCGAAAAAUACAUCAGCCACUUCAGAACGGGAUCCCUGAACGAUCACAAGGACGGCUCGCGCUUCUGGAUAAAGGACAAAGGUCCUGUGGUGGAAACGUACAUCGGCUUCAUCGAGACGUAUCGAGACCCAGCAGGUCAACGAGGGGAGUUCGAGGGUUUCGUAGCCAUGGUGAACAAGGAAAUGUCUAAAAAGUUCUCGAACCUAGUCGAGAAAGCCCAGGACUUCCUCCCACUGCUGCCCUGGGGCAAGGAUUUCGAGAAAGACGUCUUCCUGCGCCCGGACUUCACGUCCCUCGACGUCCUGACGUUCGCAGGGUCUGGGAUCCCAGCAGGGAUCAACAUCCCCAACUACGACGAGAUACGACAGAGCGAGGGCUUCAAGAACGUCUCCCUCGGGAACGUAAUCCCUGCGAACAUGAAGCAGGACGUCAUUCCAUUCUUGUCUGAGGAGGAUCGGGCUCUUCUGAAUCAGCACAGGAUCUCCUCGAUGGAGGUGCAGGUGGGGCUCCACGAGCUCCUGGGGCAUGGCAGUGGCAAGCUGCUGAGGAAGUCCUCGGAGGGCUUCAACUUCGACGAGAAGACACUGAAGAAUCCUCUGACGAACGAGUUGAUUGACAAGUAUUUCUUGGAGGGAGAGACUUAUGACUCGAAGUUUGGGGCCAUGGGGUCCUCGUACGAGGAGUGCAGGGCUGAGGCUGUGGGGUUGUACCUGUCCCUGGAGAAGGACAUCGUCAGGAUCUUUGGGCACGAGGGGAAGACAGCUGACGACGUUAUUUACGUUAAUUGGUUGGCGCUGCUGUGGAAUGGGUGUGCCAAGGCCCUUGAGAUGUACAGCCCAGAGAAGAAGAAGUGGCUGCAGGCCCAUUCCCAGGCGAGGUAUGUGCUCCUCAGGGUCUGCCUGGAGGCUGGGGAGGGGUUCGUGAAGGUCGAGGAGGUCGAGGAGGGGAAGAACCUGAGGUUCACGAUGGACAGGGAGAAGAUUAGAACUGUGGGAAAGGAGGCUGUUGGCAAGUUUCUGCAGAAACUGCAGGUUUACAAGAGCACUGGGGACUUUGAUGGCGCGAAGAGGAUGUAUGAGGAGUACUCUGAGGUGCCUGAGGGUGGGGAACAUCCCUGGGGACGGUGGAGGGAGAUUGUGCUGGCUCACAAGCAGCCCAGGAAGAUCUUCGUGCAGGCGAAUACUUUUGUCGAGGGUGGGGAGGUCAAGUUGAGGAACUAUGAGGCGAGUUUCGAAGGGUUCAUUCGGUCGUGGGUGGAGAGGUUCCCUGAGGCUGAUACUGCGGAGAUGAUGCUGGAACUCGCGGAGAAGGAUAGACCGUACUUCGAGAUGAAGUAGAGUUUUGGCGUUUGAGAGGAUUUCUGGGGAGUUUCGUUCAUUCAGUUCAUUAGGUUUUCUUUAGGAGAGAGGUGGGUGCUUCAAUGUACAUUUGUAUUUUUUGAUAAGCUUGAUGCGAGGAUGACUAAUAAAGAUAUUUUGCAACAUU